AUAUUUUUUUUUGGUUAUUAUCUCUGAGAUCAGGUCCUCUUCAUUCUCCAUGACUCUUCAACUAUUUCUCCAUUGUUCUAGCGUCUCUAGACUCGAAUUUCAGAUUCUGAAACAGUUUCUCUUUAAUCUCUCGGACCUCCGGUAAGAAAUCUGGCAACGAAUCGGAGUGGAGUCCGGUACAAUCCGCUUUAAUCGAUCGGAGCGACGAAGAGGAAGAGAAUUCCGGGGAUUUUCUCGCUUGGAUCAUUGCGCAUUUUGAAGAACAAAUAAUGGAACGAAAUUUCGGUACGGUCUCGUUCAAUCGUAGAGGAGAACCUUCACAUUAGAUGCUAAUCUCUCCAUUUCGCAGUCUCUGUCUCCCCAUGUUUGAUCAGAUCCUCCCCUGAAGUGUUCAUCAAAGUCGGUUAUGGGGCACUGAAUUCAUAUUCCAUAAUUGAGGGAUCAUGUUCUACAACCCUUCCUUGCUAUAAGUUUGAUCUUAAUAAUGGAGGGAAAACCAAAGAGGAGAGCUGCUGCAGAGAAUGGGGAAACAGCCGAAGACCUAGUACUUGCAACAUUAAUUGGCAAUGGCGAGGAUCUCGGUCCAAUUGUUCGACAUGCAUUUGAAAUGGGUCGACCAGAAACUCUCCUUCAUCAGUUGAAGAAUGUUGUAAAAAAGAAAGAAGUUGAAAUCGAGGAGUUGUGCAAGACUCACUACGAGGAAUUUAUCCGUGCAGUUGAUGAACUUCGUGGGGUUCUGGUCGAUGCUGAAGAGCUGAAGGCUGAACUAUCGACCGAUAAUUUUAAAUUGCAAGAGGUUGGGAGUGUGCUUUUGAUUCGACUCGAAGAGCUUCUGGAAUGUUAUUCAAUAAAAAAGAAUGUGACUGAAGCCAUCAAAAUGUCCCAGAAUUGUGUUCAGGUGCUUGAUCUUUGUGUCAAGUGCAAUGAUCAUAUUUCUAAAGGCCAGUUCUACCCUGCAUUGAAAAAUGUCGAUCUGAUUGAAAAGAAUUAUUUGAAGAACAUUUCUGUCAAGACACUAAGAAUGGUCAUUGAAACAAGAAUUCCUGUGAUCAAAUCUCAUAUUGAAAAGAAAGUGUCCACUCAAUUCAAUGAAUGGCUUGUUCAUGUAAGGAGUUCUGCUAAGGUUAUCGGGCAAACGGCUAUCGGCCAUGCUGCAACUGUUCGACAAAGAGACGAGGAAAUGUUAGACCGUCAGAGGAAGGCUGAGGAACAGAACAUUUCAGGGAUAGGAGAUUUUUCAUAUACUUUGGAUGUCGGAGAUUUCGAUGAGGACUCCAUUCUAAAGUUUGACCUUAUACCUCUUUAUCGAGCGUAUCACAUUCAUACAUGUCUUGGGAUCAAAGAGCAGUUUCGUGAAUAUUACUACAGGAACCGAAUGUUGCAGCUUAAUUCCGACUUGCAGAUUUCUUCGUCUCAGCCGUUUAUCGAGUCCUAUCAGACCUAUUUAGCUCAAAUUGCAGGAUAUUUCAUAGUGGAGGAUCGUGUGAUGAGGACUGCUGAAGGGCUACUAUCAGCUGAACAGGUUGAAGCAAUGCUGGAAACUGCUGUUGUCAAGGUGACAUCAGUGCUGGAGAUACAAUUUUCCCUCAUGGAUUCUGCAACUCACCUUCUCCUGGUGAAGGAUUACGUUACUCUUCUGGCAUCUACUCUUAGACAAUAUGGAUAUGAAGUCGGGCCGGUUCUCGAGACGUUGAACAAAAGCCGGGACAAAUACCACGAGCUUCUUUUGGAGGAGUGUCAGCAACAAAUAGUGGAUGUUCUAGCUAAUGACACCUACGAGCAGAUGGUCCUGAAAAAAGAUAGCGAUUACGACAACAACGUGCUCGCCUUUAAUCUGCAGACAUCUGAUAUAAUGCCUACAUUUCCGUUCAUAGCGCCAUUUUCUUCCACCGUUCCUGAUGUAUGCCGCAUCGUGAGGUCCUUCAUUAAAGGGUGUGUUGAUUACUUGUCCUACAGUGCACAUUCUAAUCUUUUUGAGGUUGUGAAGAAAUAUUUGGAUAGGAUCCUAAUUGAUGUUUUAAAUGAAGCAAUACUCAAUAUUAUCCAUGGUGCAUCCUUUGGUGUUUCUCAAGCGAUGCAAAUUGCUGCGAAUAUAACAGUUUUGGAAAGAGCCUGUGACUAUUUCAUCAGGCAUGCAGGUCUGUUAUGUGGAAUGCCUAUUCGAUCAGUCGAGAGGCCACAAAGCGGUUUCGCUGCCAAAGUUGUUCUUAAAACUUCAAGGGAUGCGGCUUAUAUUGCAUUGUUGACUUUGGUGAACACGAAGUUAGAUGAGUUCAUGGCUCUUACAGAGAAUAUUGGUUGGACUUCUGAGGAGGUUACUGCAAAUGCAAAUGACUAUAUAAAUGAAGUGCUUAUUUAUCUCGACACGAUAAUGUCGACCGCACAACAGAUUUUACCGAUGGAAGCUUUGUACAAGGUCGGGAGUGGCGCUCUCGAUCAUAUCUCCUACUCUAUAGUUUCAGCUUUUCUUAGUGAUAGUGUGAAAAGGUUUAACGUGAAUGCAGUGAUGAGCAUCAACAGUGACCUGAAAAUGCUGGAAGCUUUUGCAGAUGAGAGAUUCCACAGCACGGGACUGAGCGAAAUCUACGGAGGAGGAGGAGGAAGUUUCCGAAACUGUUUAAUGGAAGCUCGACAAUUAAUCAACCUUUUGCAGAGCAGUCAGCCGGAGAACUUCAUGAAUCCGGUGAUCAGAGAGAGGAAUUACAACAUGUUGGAUUAUAAGAAAGUGGCUAGCAUUUGUGAGAAGUUCAAGGACUCCGCUGAUGGCAUCUUUGGUAGCCUUUCUAGCAGAAACACCAAGCAAAACACCCGCAAGAAAUCAAUGGACGUGUUGAAGAAAAGACUUAAAGAUUUUAACUGAGCCUUCUCAACAUCUCUUGUUGAAUAAUAUAUAUGCCUGUACAGGUGUUUUGGCUCCUCCUAGCUUAUUUAUUUGGAUCAUCUGUUGUGUAUUAUCAUUUGAUUUGGUGCCUUAAUUUUAGGUAUAAUAAAGCAAGCCCCCCACAUGCUUGCUUCUCUUCGGCUUCUUCGUGCUUAAAGCUCCUCUGCCAUUGUGACUCAAAAGGGAAGAGAUUUUUGGUCAGUAGUACUCACUCUUCUUUGCUUCAUUGUUCAUUGUUUAUGUUCAUUAGAAACAUGUUCUUGAGUCCAUUGUAUGACACACAAGUCUUGGACAUAAAAAUAAGCUUGUCUUAAACUAUUUUUAAGAAUAAAUUAGGUUGGUUCGACGUCA